GGCGAUAUAUGAAUCUCUGAAGUACUCAGACUUCUAGUUAAGCGAACAUUUCGUGCGAAAUUAAAUGGUGCCGUUCACUCCUCCAUCCAAGUGAGGGCAGUAGGGUCGCAUCGUCAUCCACUCAGAAUUAACCGGAGAAGAAGAAGAAUAGAGAGCGCAGCGCUCAAAGCAACAUCACGCCUCCUGAAUGCAGCGUCUCCAUGCUUCUCUCCACGUGAGUUAAAACCCUGCAAACAAAAGUGACCUACUGUUUUUUUGUUUUUGCUGUCUUCAAUUUGUCUUGCCUGCUGAAGGUAAAGUGAAGCACUGCUUCAUGGGCCUAAACAGGCUUUUCCAAGGAUUUUGAGGACAGACUGCAGCCUGCACUGGCUGUUAAACAACAUUGUUCUUGUUGGUGAUUGACAGCAGAGCUACCUCACCACAUGUCUCCUUAAACCUCUGAGAAACAUCACCUUCCUUAUGUCUUAUCUCAUGUACGACCCUUUUUCCCCUGGGACACAGAAUGCCUCCCAGGGGCAAAAUGGACUCUUGAGUGUGAAAACUGAGAGAGAUUCUUGGAGAACACCACCAAAUGAUGGACCUGAAUCCAGCUUUACCUUCCCUGGAGCAUCUCCUGGGAUUCCUACCUCGUCUACGGAAAGAGAAAUGAAGCCAUUCCCUUUGCCAGUUAGCAACUACAGGCCUGAAAACUAUCUAACAACUUCGCAAAGUACCUUUAACAUUCCCCACAAAGAGGAGAUCAAACACCAACCUAUAGAUCAGUGUGGUUUCUUCACCAUCACCCAAAAAGAAACCUUAUCCAUUUCAGCCCCAAAGAUGUCAACCUUCUCGACUUCAUAUGGGCAUCAACUCUCAAGCACCAGCUAUAGCUCCUACAACUGGUUGCCAGACCACAAUGGUACGACCGAAGUUUUCUCGAAAUUGGCAUCAAAUGCGUCUGUUUAUGCCACUCGAGCAGAAGAUCAAAGAGUUUCUUCUCAAGCCAGUUACUUUGACUGUAAUCCACAAUUGGCUGGGAACAUCUUAGAAAAUUACGGACUGGAGAAAGCUGACCUGGACGAACUUCUGAAUUACUCUGAAGAGCAGACUACUGCCCAGAACUUGCCCUACCUCUUAGAAAGCAUUCGCAUUAAAAAGGCCACAAGGACUGCACCUGCAGUUCAGUCCAACUCUGACUCUACGACUCGACCCACUGCAAGCCCAACAGGAGUAGAUGCAGCUAGUUUUGGAAAGCCAGGAAUACUGGAGGACAAAAUGUCUUCAUCUACUCUUCAUCCAGUGAAAAUGAUUAAAAAUGAGCAAGCUGCUGCUGGUUAUGCAGAGGUAGAUGCUGUGAUUGGUAGAAACAUUCAGAGGAACCCUUUGUUGAUGGAUAAUUUUCAAACCAGCAGUACAGAGGAGUCAUUCGCAACUUUAACUAAAAUAAAAAGUGGUGAUUUGGGUUCUUCAGGUGACCAGAAAGAGUCUCUUGUUGCUGUGAAUCCUCCAAGUAUCAAUCAGACUAGACUGCUUCAAGCUCAACCGAACCAGGCGAGUGGAUUGACCCGAUCCAUUGGUUUUGAACAAACAGGAACGCCCAACGAUAAGCCAAAAAUUAUUAUUAAACCAGUUAAACUGUUUGACUGGGCAUAUACUGGAAAAUCUAUUACAGAUGUUGAGAAUACGUCUGUCAAGAAUAUUCACAAUGCAGCUUGGGUUGGUGUAAAGGACGGCAAACAAGCACCACAGCUAAGCUUUGCAGAGUUAAAGAACAGCAGUUUGGUUUCUUCAUAUGACCAGAAAGUAUCUGCUGCCAAUUUGAACCAACUGAAUGUUGUGGCCUUUCCAAAGAGGAAUGCAGCUGGAAAACUGGAGACCCAACAAAACCAUACGCCACAGUCGGUUCCCCAACAUGAAACCAGAGAUGCUACAUCCAGUGGUGAAAGUAAAAUUCAAGGGCAAGGAUCAAAUAUUGCAGACUCAACGAUGAAUCUGCAAAUGCUACAGAAAACAAAUAUUCAGAAAAUUUUGCAGAUUCUGAAGGAUUUGCAGCCUGAUGUGUCUUCUGCCGCAAAACCAGAUUCUCAAUCAUCUUUCAUUCCCAAAAUGCCACACGUCUCGGAUGCUGUUCCACCUUCAACAGUUGUAUCCAAGAACCCUGCAUCUAGUGUUUCUCAGUCUCAGCCAAUCAUUAAAACAAAUGACACUGCUCAUGUGCCACCUUCUAAGCCUCCACCUCCAGCCAAGGCUGGGUCCUCGAAGGAUCUGCCGUCCCUUGGUGUGAGGCGUGAUUAUGCAGCAGUUAUGCCAGGAAAAUUUCCACACAUCUGCUCUUUAUGUAAGAAAGAAUGUCCUCAACUAAAGGAUUGGGUCACCCACCAGACAAGCAACCAACACCAUGCCAACUGCAACCGCCUUCGCAACCAAUACCCUCAUUGGGAUGGGGAAGUGCAAAGGGAUGCAGUUAAAAGUUCUAAGACUUUAACCCGAGCCUCCCUGCAUCAUCGUUCCCGCUCAUACAGCAGCAGCAGUUCCAGCUCAGGAGAUGGACGAGACAAAUCCAUCAGCCGUUCACGCUCCCGCUCAUACAGUCCAUGUCAUCAGAGGAGCUCAAGAGAUGGACAGCACAAAUACAGCAGCAGAUCAGGACAUAGCAAAAACAGAUCCAGUACUGGCUCCAGUUCCCGUUCGUACAGCCCCAUCUGCCACGGCUCAAGAGAUGGAAAAAAACAAUCCAGCGGUAGUUCCUCCCAACACAGGCUGCAAUGCCGCACCUCAAGGUCUAGGUCUCGCUCUUGCUCCCCACGUUAUAAUCGUUCUGGUUAUCGAUCACGUUCAAGAAGCUACGAGAAAUGGUCCUCACCAAAGAGAAUGAAUAAGAAAUCAAUUUCACCAAGAAGGAACCACGAACGGCAGUUGUCUAGAGGAAGAAGUUGUGAGCAAAGAUCGUCACCAAGAAGUGAUCAGAAAGAGGGGUCAAAGAGAUUCCUUGAGCGCCAGUCUUCCCCAAGAAUAUAUGAUCAUAAACAAUUGUCACCAAGGCAAUGGUCACCGAGGAGUGGUUAUGCGAGACAGAUGUCCCCAAAAAGAACUGAUAAACGAUGGUCCCCAACAAGCAAUGGUGAGCAAUUCUCACCCACAAGAAGUGGCAAUAGAAGACGGUCUCCAGUGAUGAGCCAUGGCCAACACUCCUCUAGGUCUAAUGAUAGACUAGAGUCACCACAAAGACGGACAGAUGUUAGUACUUAUGACCGGUCUCCGCCAAGAAGGGCCGAAGGCAAAUAUUGGUCUCCGCCAAGGUACCAUGAUCGACAGUCAUCCCCAAGAAGGAAUGGUGAUAAAAGAUGGUCACCAACAAGAAAAGGUGAAUCAUUCCUUGAAAGAGAUGAGAAACAAUUCCUGUCAAAGCAGAGUGACGAGGAAACGACUUCUGUAAGGAGAAACCGCAAGAGACGUGCGUCUCCAGAAGAGCAGCUGUCUUGUCAGAAAAAGAAGUCCAGUGUACAGAUCCUGACAAACCAGCUGCUGGAAAAUUCAGCUAUCGAGUCUGGCUCAGAAGAGUCCAACAUCAAAGAUGUUGUAGAUUUAGUGGUUCCUGUUUUACUGGCUGAACUUGCAAAGAAUGAGGAUUCCUCACAGUCAUCAUUGGGAUUGCCCUCACAGGACAAAAGCAGGAAGGUCUUAACACAUUCAUCAAGUGAAAGACGGUUAUCACCAUCUUCCACAAAAAUACUGUCCAAACUCAAGCAGAAACAUGCAAGAUCUUCUAAGAAGACCAAGGACAAGAAGGCCCUCGCCAUCACCUCACAACAUGGAAGAAAACAUCAUAAACUAAAAUCUGGGGAUACCAAGAAACUGAGUUCAUCUGAGAGCUUGGACCUUCUUCCGAUAAAAACGCUUUUGUCUUUGCAUCAAAAACUUGUGAAAAAAGCAAAACGUUUGUCUUCCAAAGGAUCACACGUCUCCAAAUCCAAAACUUACUCGCAAAAAACACAGACUUUGAAGUCUGUUGUAUCAGUAAAAGAGCCGUUGAAACAAUUAGUUUCCUUGAGGUUCAGAAGUCUGGAAACGAGGCCUCAUUUUGGCCUCUCAAAUCAAAGAAGUGGACCUAUAGUUUUCAGAAAAGAUCAAGAAGAUGCAGUUAAAGAAAAGAUGAAAGUUAAAGGGACAAGGAGGAUUAUUAUUCCUGAACCAAAUGAAGAGAAUAAAACUAUCAGCAAUGUAAAGCCUGAUUCUUCAAAAACAUUUGCAAGUAAACCAUUGGAUAAAACUGCUGAAUGUUGCGGAGUCGUUGAACUAAUGAAAGUUGAAGAUUCUUUGGGAAAUAAACAACAAACUUCAAAUGGUUCACUUCAGGCUCAGGAGACGAUCGUCAAAACUCAAGAAACCUCAGACAAAACUUUGCCAAAAGUCCAACCAAGAAUGGAUCCAGAUUCCAAGAAGUCCAAAAGCCUUGGAAAGAAUCCUGAUUCUGGAGUCACAAGAUACAAACCAGCUACUAAAGUUUCCAGAAAAGGCAAAGGCUCUCAAGUUGCAGUUGAAGACGGAACCAAGGUUGGAAAAAUGUUAAAGAAGACUGUUGCUAAAACAAAGAAAGGGAAGAAAAUGGUUGCAAAAGUGAAGGUCAAGGCUCCAAAAACAUCUACAAAUAAAAAGCUGGAUGAAACUACUAGAUGUCUUUCAGAAGGUAAAGUGGGAAAACUUUCUGAAACGGCGUUUGGAAACUUCAGUAAAUGUGAUCAAGCAAGCGUCAAAGAAUCUGAACCCUCCCUUUCAGUGUCCACAAUACCAGUGAUGGAAAACAGUCCAGGUGAUUGUCAGAUUUCAAAAUCUGAGAUCGCUAAAGCAAAGACCUUACAAUUUAACACCAAUGAAAGUCAAAUACAAAUCAGCCAAGAAAAAGAAGAAACUUCAUCUAGGGACAUAAAUGUGUCCUCCAAGCUGAUGUCGUCAGAAAACCUCUCUGCGGUUUGUCAAACCCUAAGAACAGACAGUUCUGAAAUAAAGGUUGACAAAUCUGCCUUCCUCUCAAAAGACACUGCUUGGCUUGUGAAGGCAAAUGUUUCAACAGCUGAAACAAACAUGCAGACAGAAGGUAUUACAGAUGGUAAUGUGAUGAAAAGAAAAAUGGAUUUUCUUGAGACCAAAGGAGAUGAAGUGACUGCUACAAAUGCCUCCCCAGCUGAACCUGAACAUCCUCAACCAGGCAGUGAAGUUAUCACCGCUGCAGAUAAACCUGCUGAUCCAACGAUGAGUCAACAGACAACAACAACUCGAGAAACUCCAGGCCUGGCAGCGCUAAACCUGAAGACCAAACAGCUGGAGGUUCAACCGCAGUCUGCUGGAAGCUCUGCUGAGACACCUUUGGGUUCACCACAAAAAACUGGAGGGGAGGAGGAAAAUGAUCAAAAAGUUGAUGUUCUGACCCAGAAGAACCCGGUCACCUGUUUUCCAAACGCAGCAGCUCCGAAUCGCGUUGAGUCCUUAUUAGUGACUGUUGGCGAGAGGAUUUGGUAUUACCUGCAGCCACACGAUUUCAAGUGUGUUCCUGCGGGAAUUAUCCUGUCGUCCAAACCUUACGCUCUCAACUCAACACUGCUGUUGAUAACAAACCUUCCUGUGGACCAUGGCGGCUCCUACACAGAGGAGGAAGUUGUAAAUGUACUCCGUCAAUUUGAAUUUCAAUACGCACACGACAACAUCUACGUUAUCCCUCAGACAGGCAUGGCUUUUGUGCUCAUGCCAAAUGCGCGGUCAUUAAUUGGCCUCGUCGUCGCAGCAGUGCACGGUUAUCUCUCUUUCAGAUCGAAGAAACUCUUCUUGCAGAUCGUGGAAACAGACAUGCUAAUGACACCACUUGGGUUUUAUAAAUCUCUCAUCGGACUAACGCCUCUCAACAUGAGAGACGAUGGAAUCAGUAUAAUCUACAUCCAGAACAUUUCGCCAAGCGACAUCGCUGAUCUCAGGAAAGCUUUGAGAAAAAUUGGUCAUGUGAGAAACUUCCUGCCUCUGCUCAACAAGGUUUUUGUUGAAUUCGAGACAGUUUACGAUGCAGAUCGCCUCGGCGUUUGGUGCAGCCUGAUGAGACUGGGUUUCGUCCACACAGUCAACAGGCUGAAAAUACCAAGAAGCCUCAAGAAAUCACAACCACCAAAGCUGCCGCUGAAAGCUCUGCCAGACGGUGAGAAGAUCUUACCCGACGCUGGAAUCCCAGAUGUGAAAUCUGGCGUUCCUCAGGGCACCACGGCGCCGUGUUGGGUCACCAUGAUGACGCCGCCCUACGUCUUCCCAACCGUGUGUCCCUGGUUUAACAUCCCCAGUUUUCUGACGGUCCAAGGAGAAGAAGACAUUUUGACGACUCCCCACCCAGGCUCUGAGUUCUUCACCGUCAUGCUGACGGGUUUACCAGAAGGAAAAUACAAACAUGAGGAUGUAGCGAAGCUGGUGUGGCGUUAUUUCCCCACACAGAACCUGCAGACUCUCUACUACAACAUCUUGGUGCUACCGCUGCAGAGGAGGGCCUUUGUGUUCUUCUGCGACUGGGAGGCAUGCCGCAGUUUCGUCUCAGAUUGUGUGAAAAAGCCGGUUUCUGUCAGGAACUGCACUCUGAGCGUCCACUUGGUGCUGGAGGACAUGUAUCCUGGAUCCAGUGAGGAAACGAUGUACAGGACUCUGAUGAAAUGGACGAGUGGUUACGUUCCGGAGCUUUUCUUCCUGGAGAAGCGUCUGGUCAGCGUGGAGAUCUAUGAAGCGAAUAUGAAUCUCAUCGAGAGCAUCAUUAAGGAAGUCGCUGCCAUCGGCAGUUUUAUCAACUUCGUGCCGCUCACCAACAGGAUUUGCAUUGAAAUGGUUUCUCCCAGUUGUGCUGCCAAGGUGCUGCAGGAGAUGCCCUUGAGGAAAGUUUUGCCUACGUGUCUCUGGGGGAAGAUUGGACGUGUUGAGAGUGUGAAGGAUCUAAGUCAGCGUCUGGAAGAGGCCGGUGGGAUCGAGAUAAAGAUCGAGGCGGAGCCGUCAGCAGCCAGCGGUCAGCCUUCAGCCUUGAAAACUCUGGUGGAUUUUCCAAUCUCUGAGCCUCGAGGCGAUGAAGUUGCAGAAGCUAAUUCUGCCGCACCGCCGACUUUAAUCGAAUCAGCAGUUUCUAAAUCUGGAUCAAAGCUGGAAGAAAAAGUAUCUGAACCUCCUGAUGUCGUCCUGGACUCCAAAACUGAAGCAAAUUCAACAGGAGAAGAAUGUCAACCCUGCAGGGAGAUUUCUUCUGCAGCAGAUAACGCUGUCGGCUGCACACCGCAUCCCGAUGAGACGAUCCAAACGGACCCACCUUCUAACGCCGUUGGCGCCGUUCCAGACAAGUCCGCUGAAACGUCUCCAUCCGUCCAAACGGAGGCAGCAGCCGAGGAAAUGGUCAAAGAACAACCAGGUUCCUCUCUCACUGCCGGGGAGAGGAUAGGAAGUUUACUGCAGCCAGAAAAAAUCUGUUGUCUUGGUCAUAGCAUCAUCAUGUCCCCAAAACCGUUUCCCCUUCAGUCGAGGGUUUUGUUGGUGACCAACCUGCCACCGUAUCGGGACGGCUGCUACUCUGAGCGGGACAUCAGCAACCUGCUGCACAGAUUUGGCUUUCAGUACGAGGACAAAAACAUCUUCGUGGUUCCUCAGGCCUGCAUGGCGUUUGUCCUCAUGGAAAGUUACCAGAAGGCUCAGGAAGUUUUCAUAGCUGCGAACGAUAGUUUGACUCUGAAUGGAUGUAAACUCUCUGUUGAGAUAAUCAGCAGUGGGGUUGUCAUGACAACGUUUGGAUUUUAUAAAUCUCUAAUGGAAAUGAUCGAUUCUCCGGUCACCGACGACGGAACCAGAACUGUUUACAUCCAGAACGUCUCGCCAAGCGAAGCCCGGGGUCUCAGGGAAACUUUGAGGAAAAUGGGCUCUGUUAAAAACUACCUUCCUCUCCUCAACAAGGUGUUCAUCGAGUUUGAGUCCGCGGCUGAUGCUGAUCGGAUCGGAGUUUGGUACAGCCUGCAGAGACGCUGCCCUGCUCAUAACGUCUGCAGGAUAAAACCUCCCCAGACCGACGUCACAUCAUCGACACCACACCUGGCAGCUACAGCAGCGCCGGAAAGCAAAGAUGUCGUCGCCGGGCCGAUCGUCCCGCCGAUCGUCCCGCCGAUGAAUACCAGCAUCCCAGAGGGCAGCUGGGCACCAUUUUCAGUCGCCAUGACAACCGCUCCGUUCCUCUUCCCAACAGUGUCGCCUUGGUUCGUCAUUCCAAAAUUUAGGACGGUUGAUAAAGAGGAGGACUUGUUGGCAUCCGUCUCUGUGGCCUGUAAGUUUUCCACCGUUAUGUUGACGGGUUUACCCGAAGGAAACUACAAACACGAGGAUGUCGCCAAGCUGGUGUGGAAAUAUUUCACCAAGCAGAAUCUCCAGACUCUGUUCUACAACAUUGUGGUGCUGCCACUGCAGAAAAGGGCUUUUGUGUAUUUCAACGAUUGGACAUCAUGCAACAACUUUGUUCAAGAUUUCCUCAAGAAGGGAGUUUCCUUUACAAGCCACAAGCUGCACGUCCACCUGGUCUUGGAGGAGAUGAAUCCUGGAUCCAGUGAGGACAUGAUGUACCAAACGCUAAUGAAAUGGAGCAACGCUCGUGUUCCUGAACUCGAGUCUCUGGAUGAGCGGCUGGUGUGUGUGGCGCUCUCUGAAACCUCCCUAAGCCUCAUCAUGGCCGCCGUAAAAUUAGUGACAAACGUCUCUGCAGUUGUUAGCUUCCUGCCGCUAGCCAACAGGUUGUGCAUCGAGAUGGCUGAAUCCAGAGGAGUAGAUCAGGUGGUGGAGAGGUUUGCACGUUCGCCAGAAGACUGGAAUAGUCAAGUUCAGAGUGUUGAAUCUGUGAAGAGCCUAAAACAGCGUCUCAAAGACUCAGACGAAACAAAAAUGGAUCUUGAACGCAACACCGAAGACAUCAAUGACAAAACUCCAGCAACAACAAAUGAACCACAACCUCCUUUGUCUGAUUCUCCCGUUAAAACAAAACCUCCCGUCCAAGAAGUCACAAAUCUUCCAAACAGUGCUCCGUCUGCAGAGGAAUCGACUGCCGUUGGAUCUGGGACAAAGAUGGAAAUUGCUGCAACAGAAAAUGAAAAUGUGAAGUCCAAAGUUUCAGAAAAACAUCCUGGCGUUUGUGGAAAAGUUCAAGAAUCUGCAGUGGUGCCUAAAGACAAAACUGAGACCGAGGAGAAGAAGCAACAAGCAAAAACUGAUGAGGUUGAAGAGGAUAAGAGUGAAAGUGCUGCCAAGUCCAACGUUGGAAAGACUGAAGAUGAAAAACUUCCACCUGCUAAACCAACGAAGUCUCUGAUAUCAACCCCCACGGUUAAGCCAUCUAAACCUUUAACUAUUCCUCGUAAAAGCCCACAAACCGGCGUACAAACCUCUGUGAAGGCGCCGUCACAGCUCCAGAAACGCAUAAACCCAAAACCAUCGGUGUCUGCUGAAAACCCGGAGACCAAAACUGACAUUUCAGGAAACUCAGGUAGUUCUGCUGCUGUGAAGAAUCCUGCAUCUAAAGUUUCAGCAGCUUCAGCUGAAAUUGACCCAAACUCGAAAUCCUCGACAACGGCAACAAAAUCGGAGCCGCUUGCAGCAGCAGCGACGUCAACCGAAGCGUUUCCUUUGACCCCCGGAGAGAAGCUGCACCAUUUCCUGACGCCAUUUAAACUCCGUCAGCUUGACAUGCACACCAUCUUGUCUCCAACGAUUUUCUCUCUCCACAUCACCCUGGUUGUCACCAACCUGCCUCGGUGGUUCGACGGCUCCUACACGGAAACUGAAAUCAUCAACGUCCUUCAGAAGUGUCGAGUUCAGUGUGACGAAAAUGAAAUCUUCGUCGUUCCCCAGUCGCAAAUGGCUUUCCUCAUCAUGCCGAGGGUGGCGCAGGUGCAGCAUUUGUUCAGAGCGACGCCGUGGAGGGAGCUUUUCUUCAAAGGACGAAAACUUGGAUUUCAUGUUGUCACCAGCUCCACACCAAUGACUCUGUUUCGGUUUUAUCGAUAUUUGAUGUCUUUUACCGAUUUUCCGACAUGUCAGAUGAAAUUGGGCACAAAAAACGUGCUUUACUUCCCCAACAUUUCGGCAAGUGAAGCCAGAGACCUGAGGGAAGCGCUGAGGAAAAUCAGCUGCUUUGUAAACUACCUGCCUCUGCUCAACAGGGUUUUUGUUCACUGUGAAACCCCGGAGGACGCCGAUCGACUCGAAGCUUGGUACAGCUACUGGAGAUGGAGCCGAUCCCACGACGCUCAGCAGACGGCGCUAAGCGGAUCAGCUCAUGGUUUGCAAAUCUGGGAGAAUAUCUCGGUUGAAACCAGCGUCCCGCGAACAGCAGGCGCCGUUCCAGAGGGAACCAAGGCGCCUUUUUGGAUGACCGUGAAGAAAAGUCCUUAUGUCGUUCACACUGCGUCUCCUUUCUUCAAGGUCCCAGCUUUUCAGACAGUCGACAGGAAGACCUGUGCCAGGAUUUCUGAGCGAGAUUUGAAGUUUGCAGGCAUCAUGUUGACCGGUUUGCCAAACAGAAGCUACACACACGAGGAAGUGGCUAUGCUGGUGUGGAGGCAUUUUCCCGAACAGAACCUUCACACACUGUACAACAAUGUUGUAGUUUUACCGCUGCAGAGGAGGGCUUUUGUGAUUUUCAGCAGCAGUUGUGCUUGCAUAAGAUUUCUUAGAGAUCGAAACAGGAAACGAGUUUAUUUCAAAGGCUUCAUUCCAAACAUCCAUUUGCUGUUGGAGGAUCUCAGUCUUGGGUCCAGUGAGGAAUCCAUGUUCAGAGCUUUGAUGAAAUGGAGCAAUAUUCAUGUUCCAGACCUGACGUCUUUGGGGGAGCGGCUGCUCGUUGUGGAGGCUUCAGGGACAAACGAGCAUAUCACAAUGAUGGUUAUAAAAGAAGUGGCAAGCAUCGCUACUUUUGCUAGCUUCCUGCCGCUUUCCAACAGGAUUUACGUUGAGAUGGCCGAGUCCAGCGGAGUCAGAAGAGUGGUGGAGAAGUUGUCUGUUCGCAAAUUAUCUCAACAGCAUGAAGCUUGGAAGCUAGUCGGACGUGUUGAAAGUUUGUUGAGCCGAAAAGAGCGACUGAAGGACUGUGAGAAAAUUGCAGUGAACCUUGAACUCGGCACCAUGAGUGUCAAGCCUGAGGCCGCACUACUGAAGACGGUGGACAAGGAAUCUGCAGCAUGUGACCCUCUGCCAGACAGAAGCCUGACCACAUUUCACAGAGGAACAGGAUUCCUUCAGAUUUCCAGUGGAAGCAGCAGCAGUUUUAAAAGUUCCUCUCCCUCCAAGCCGAUCACAAAAGAAAUGAAGAUCUCGCAUUCAUCGUCUGUAACUAGAGAUAUCCCAAAGUCUAAUAAAGACUGCAGGAGCUCUGCCUCAUCAACUGGAAAAAGCAGCUUGAAGUCUAACGCCACGUCUUUGUCAUUAAAAACACAAAAAGACGCACCUGAGUCUAUGAAACCUCAAAUUAAUCAGUCAUCUUCUGCAGGUGGCAGUAAAAUUUUUCCUUCCACUUCGUCAAAGACUUUUAAGUCUUUAAAUGAGAAAGAUCAGCAGAGCAAGAGAGAGGCUCCUCUCAGAGCAUCUCAAACAUCAUCUGCAUCCUCAACUCAAAGCACCAGUUCAGCUGCAACAUCUGCAGAAACUCCUCAGUCGGAUAAACAUGGAGCUGCACCUGCUGCUGCAGUAGCAAAGGCUGACCACAAGGUGUCAGCAGAGAGCGGCACUGCAAAAACUCAGUUGGGCCCAAGAGUGGCAACGUCAAAUUUGAACCAAGACUGUUUUAAAGCUGAAUCACUCAAAGAGGGAACUGAAAGCAAAGAAAAACAGAAGAAUAAUGUGAGGAAUCCUGUGAAGGAAGGAAAUGACCCUCUUGAUUCAAAACAUACUGCUAUCAAAGAGCUUUUGGUUGCAGUUAAAGAGGAAAACCUUCUGGGGAAAGAUGAGGAUUCAAAAGUAAAAUUGGACCAGAGGAUGAAAACUUCUAGCGGUGAAGAGGGAGAGACUUUACCAAUAAAACAGGAAAGUUCAGAUAACAAGUAUGAGACAAAAAUAAAAGAAAGCAGUUCAGAAACUGGAGAGAAGACGGUUUGUAAGGACUCUGUUCCGGAUGAAUCUCCCAUACAUACAUUUAUUAAGAAAACUGACAGAGGAGCCAAUCAAGACAAAUCGGCCACUGUUGUACCAACAAUCAGUCAGUCAGGGAAAGAUGUUUAUGCUGAACAAAAAGAGAUUAGAAAGGAUGGCCUUGGAGCUUCUGUUCAAGAAGAAAAACCUUUGAUCAAAGACGAAGGUUUGGCAGUAAAACCAGACAAGAAAACCAGAGUGUCUGAAUCUGAAGAUGGAGAAAAUCCUGCAAAAGAACAGAGUUUGGAUAAACAAUCUGAGACGCGAUCAAAAGACAUCAGUGCAGAGAUGGAGACAGAGGAAAUGGUUUGUAAGGGCUCUGUUCAACAUAAAUCUGGUUUAAGAAGAUCUUUCAGACAAACUACCAGAUUAGCCAAUCAAGACAAAACAAAUGAAAUCAAAGCACCCAGCGGAGGAAAACUAACUCAGACCAACUCUUCAGUUGAAGGAAAAGAAGAUAGGACUCCAACAAGGAGGAGAAAAAGUUCUGCCAGGUAUUCUCAACAACAAAACGAAGAGAAAGGGUCUCCUAAAAACGUCAUAUCGAUGACCUGCAACUCCAGAAAGACUCAAGAGGAGGAAAAAGAAGCUGCAACGCCCAGAAGAAGAGGUCGACCCAAGAAGAAAGUCAGACUGGUUCCGAAGAAAACUCUAGAAGUGUCUCCUAAAAACGUCACGUCGAUGACCUGCAAUUCCAGAGAGACUCAAGAGGAGAAAAUAGAAGCUACAGCGCCCAGAAGAAGAGGUCGACCCAAGAAGAAAGUCAGACCGGUUCCGAUGAGGAAACCAACCACUGGGGUGAAGUUAAAUCCUGAUGGACAGACUCUGGAAAGAUUACAACAUAAAAGAAAGAUGGAUCUUUCUGGACCCGAGCCAAAGAGAUCCUGCUCUUGGGUUGCUCCGGUUGCUGCCAGUGUCAGAUGCCCUCCUUAUAGACCUCAGAGACCUCUGCGAAGAGUUUCAAGACGUUCACACAUGGCCUUCCUUUCUGAUUGACGACCUUUUUGGAGAAUUUUAAUCUGUUCUGAGUUUUAGGAGAUAACUAGGGCAGCAGAUGCAAUUUAUGCUUUUUAAAAAUCUUUUACACUGGAUGCUGUUUUUUCAGUGUUGCACAAUUUUUUGCAAAAACUACUUUUCUAUUUGCAUUUUUUUUCAAGAUCAGGAUCUUGUUGCAGAUGGAUCAAUGUUAUCUUUUACAUUGUUAGUCUUACCCUUUUGGAAAGUAAAAUAUUUUUAAUCAUAUUUUUAAUCAUAAAUGCAAGGAUGUAUGAAUACAUGGUUACUUGGGGAAACUUUUUUAUCAGGAUGCUCUAAUGUGCUAAAUCUUUAGCGUAUGUGUGAUUUUUACUUAUGUCAAAUGUAUAAAAUGAAAGUCUUUUCCCUGUUUCUUUUUAAUUAAAAGAUUCUUGCUAUAAAA